GGAAGGGAGACCGAGAGGAAAAAUGGAAAGGUAUGAGAAAAUAGCAAAAGAUGAGGAGAGCGUAGAGGGGAGAGAGAGAAGGCUGUAUGAAGCAUCAGUAACCGGAAGUGUGAAUUCCUUGAAGCGGUUGAUCGCAAAAGACCCACUCACUCUUGCUCGAGCUGCAGUCACAUGCUUUAAUGAGACUCCACUCCACGUAGCCGCCAUGCUCGGUCACCUCGACUUCGCAAGCUAUCUUCUUACUCACAAACCAGACAUGACCAGGGCGCUGGAUUUGCGGGGGCGUUCACCUCUACACUUGGCUUCUGCCAAUGGCUAUGUUGAGAUGGUUAACAUACUGCUGUCCUCCAAUCCUGACGCUUGUCUCAUCCGUGAUGAAGAUGGAAGAACGCCCCUCCAUCUGGCGGUAAUGAAAGGCGAAGUUGAGGUCACAAGGAUGCUGGUUGGGGCCCGACCACAAGUGACUCGGUACAAAUUGGAUCAAGGCGAGACCAUUCUGCAUUCCGCUGUGAAACAAAACCGUUUAGGAGCGCUGAAGCUGUUAGUUGAAUUGGCAGGAGAGGUGGAGUUUGUGAAUUCCAAAGAUGAUUAUGGCAACACCGUUUUACAUACCGCUACAGCCUUGAAACAGUUUGAGACAGCAAAAUAUCUGGUGGAGAGACCUGAAAUGGAAGUAAAUGCAGUGAAUGGAAAUGGCUUCACAGCCUUAGAUAUCAUACAACAUACGCCGAGGGACUUGAAAGGAAUGGAAAUUCGGGAAUCUCUGGUUAAAGCUGGAGCUUUAAGUUCCAGAAACAUACCUGCGUUACUAGGCAAAGGUCACCAAUUGAUGGGAGAAAGUGGUAUAACCAUGGUGAUUGAGAACCCCCAAUUAUCUCCACCACCACCACCAGCAGUUGCAGUUCCCACAGAAGCAAAAACAUCGACACCCUUGCGAGGCCGUGAGAAGAAAAUACAUGAAAAUAAGAAAGAAUGGACGAUGAAGAAACGUGAGGCCUUGAUGGUAGCUGCAACGUUGAUCGCAGGAAUGGCUUUCCAAGCUGCAAUUAAUCCUCCCGGUGGUGUUUGGGGUGAAGAAAAAGACGACGGUAAUGGUAAGAAGAUGUUAGCUGGAACCUCCAUAAUGGCCCACAACUAUCCUGGAAGGUACCGACUGUUCAUGGCAUGCAACGCGGUGUCCUUCGUUACUUCGCUAAGCAUAGUGUUUCUGGUUGUGAGUGGGGUACCUUUCGUGAAGAGAAGGAUCUUGAUGUGGCCUCUAAUGAUUAUCAUGUGGAUAACAUUAACAUUCAUGGCUUUCACCUACAUGUUUUCUAUACUGGCCAUUGCACCCACAAAUGAUGAUACCGAAGCCGCCAGGUCACUGGGACAGGUGAUUGAUAUCAAUUACGUGGUUGGGGUUUCAUUGUUGGUGUGGUUCUCUCUGUUUGCCUUUGUUGUGUUGGUUCACAUUAUCCGCUUCCUCAUAUGGUGUGUGCGAAAAGUGGGAAAAGCUAUCAUAUAUUGCUUCAUGAUCAGGUAAGCGGCCAGCAAUUGUUGCGAAUAAGGGGCCCAUUAUUUACCGGUUUGUGUGUUGUUUCGUGUCCGAGUGUCCUGUCCCCUAUGCACUGUGUGAUGUCUCUUAAUUAUUGUUUGAAGGAUAUUUAGAUUUUAUAAGCUGAGAGAGGACCCCAAAAAAAAAAAAUUAUAUUCCUCCCAACAAAGAGUUUGAAUGAAAGAUUAAUACUACCCAAUUUGACCUAA